AUGGCUCCAAUCGAGGCUUUUUAUGGAUGUCGUUGUCGCAGUCCAAUUUAUUGGGAUGAUUUCACCGAAGCAGUGACCUUGGGGCCUGAAUUGUUGUUCCAGAUGGCUGAGAAAGUCAGGUUGAUAAGGGAUCGUUUGAAAGCGGCACAGGAUUGUCAAAAGUCUUAUGCUGAUUUGAAGCGACAACCAGACGAGUUCACCGUGGGCGAAUGGGUAUUACUUCACGUGUCACCUAUGCGUGGAGUAGUACGUUUUGGGGCUUAUGGGAAGUUGAGCCCUCGUUUCAUAGGGCCGUAUGAAAUUUUGGAACGUGUGGGUAAAGUGGCGUAUCGGUUAGCGCUUCCAAACUCUUUAGAAAAGGUACAUGAUGUACUUCAUGUGUCGCAGUUAAAGCGAUAUCAUGCCGCAGCCUCUCAUGUCUUAGAUCCCGAACCUUUAGAUUUGGAUACAUCCUUGUCUUACUCUGAGAAACCGGUUAGAACCUUUGACACAAAGGUCCGUAGUACACGACGGAAGGAUAUAUCUAUGGUAAAAGUUCUAUGGUCAAAUCACGAGCGUGAAGCGGCCACAUGGGAAACGGAAGACUCUAUGCGAGAAAAGUACCCUCAUUUCUUUUAG